AUGAAGAUUGAAGGAAAUAAUGAGGGGAAUAAAAAGGAAGGGGAAGAAGAUGAAAGUAAGACUGAUGGGAAUAUUGAAGUUAAGAAGGAUAAAGAAGAAGAAAAAGAAGAAGAAAAGAAGAUUGAAUUGAAUAACGAAGAGAAGAACGAUCAAGAAAAGGAAGGAAAGACUCACGGAGUAAAUGAUAAGAAAAAGAGGGAAGAGGAAGAAGGGAAGGUUGAAGUGAAUAAUAAAGCUAGCUCUGUCAAGAAUCAAUUUAUGUUUUGUAUGGGAGCCGUCAAGAAUAAUGUUAAAGAUAAGAAAACCAGGCGAAAAACUAAAUCUAGGAAGGCAAAGUCUAAUAAUCUGAAAAAGAAAGAGAAUAAAGAAAAAGAACUUUUAAUCAAAACAGAAGAUGAACCCACAGAAAAGUAAGAAGGAAUUUCAUUAUUAAGUAAACCCCUAGGUCCCGAAGUAGGAGUGAAAUGAGAAAGGUUAUACAGUGAGGUUAUACGUUGAAGUCCACUUAUUUCUGUUGAGAGUCUGAGAUAUAU